UAAUCUCUUCCAGACCUACUACGACCAGUUGGUGCACUGAAUGGGCCCUGCUACUGGUCCUCGAUCUUGUGCUGGAGGGACUGACAGUGAUCCGUGCCAAUGCAUGAAGCGCGCUUCCAGACGGUCAGGGAAAGAAGAUCGUGCGGUCCACACUCCAACAAGUUCGGAUCUAGCAGGCCUUUUUGCAUUGAGCGAUAGAUCGGAGAACCCGCCUUCUCGUAACAGGAAGUCGUCAUCUUCAUCGAUUGAUGACACACUCCAUGCCCUCCGAACCUUUCGUCAACUUUUCGGCGUAUCCGAGAUGGUCACAGCAUCUCCAACCAAGUCGUCUUCAAGGAGGUCAUCUGCUCGCAAACUGCAACGUUCACUGGCAGCGUCUUCUAGAGUGGAGGAAGCUGCAGAAACAUCCAUAUUGCAGGCAUUACUUUUUGGAUUCUCCAUUCCCUCCGAUUCCAACAAUGUUGCAAAUAGAGAGCCUGACUUACAGGCAAAGGUCAACGAUGCACCCAAAAAGUAUCCUUUGCCAUUGGAAGAUAUUUCUAUGAAAGUUUGCUGCAACGAACGCCAUGUCACGACAUGGGAUGAGCCCGACCACUCGUUCUUCCUCUUCCCAGCGCAGCUCCUAAUUGCAUGUACCCCCAUACGUGAUUUCGACCCCCUGCUUGUUCCGGACGUCACUCUUGUCCAUCUCGUCUGCAGUACAGUGGCAAUAAGUGGCCCCUACAAGUCCCACAGUCAAAUCUCGUUCAAGACGUUUUACGAUGGCGCCACGAUACGCUACGUGAAGGAUACACCUACACCCGAUGUGUCUCGAGGGAUUCAUAUUGGGGAGGUCCCGUGGUGUUCUACCAAGGACGGAGAUGAUAAUGUCGGGUGGUGCAUGCGCUUCUGGAUUCCAAUCCCGUUCGCACUCUUUCAGCGAGCGGAGACGAGGACUUUCAAGAUCGAUGUCAGGGUACGUGUCAAUGGAGAGGAUGGUAAAGAAGGGUUUUUAAAUGCUUCGAGUGAUUUCACGUUGUCGAGGUUGCUGAGAGGUUUGGUGAUGUAGAUAUAGGCCCCCUCGUCCCUUCCGGCGGGCCUUCUCAAACCGUACUCUAUGGCAUGAAGUAUGCAGCAUUACUAAAAUCUCCCCGUCAAAUGUACAGGUAAACAGCUAGUCCC